AUGCCAGAGGUUUUUAUGUCAACUGUGGAAGAUAGAAAGCUUGAAGAUAUAAAACAAGUGGAAUAUGGGCUUGAAGGCUACUUCAAAUUUGGAGUAGGUUGUUCUUUUAUCAUGUGGACAAUUCAAGUUUGGAUAUCCCAAAUUUUGCUUAUAGAUAUGGAUACACAUAAUAUGAUUUACAAGAUGAUGAUUGUGAAAGGAAUUGAACAAGUAAGACAACAAGGAGAAUAUGAAUCUCUCCACCGUGUAAAUAUUGGAUUCGGUACAUGGGAAUUUGAUCCAACAGAAAUUGAGAACCCGUUUACAGAAAACGAAGAGUUUGUUCAUAUCUGGCAGGGUGAUGAAGAUAUUCUUGUGCCUGUGACACUUCAACAGAAUAUAGCCCAACAACUUCCAUGGAUAAAGUAUCACGAGCUCACAAGUGUGGGUCACAUGUUCCCUUAUGCUGAAGGGAACAGUGAUGCAAUCCUAAAAGCACUUCUUCUUGGCCAAAGUUAG